AUGAAUAGUACAUUGUUUCUUAAAGUAUUUAAUAGUUCAGUAUUGAAUCGAUUAAUAUUUAAUAAGGUCAGAGAGCUUUCAAGAGGAAAAAGGAGUUUUAAAUGGCAUGAGAUAUUAGUGCUUCCAGAUGUGUUGGCAGGAAACAACUAUUUGCAAUUGCUCAAAGAUUGUUUAGAUAAAUCUGGCGGUGUAGACAUUGAUUCAGAAUUAUACAUUAAUGCUAUCAGAGGUGGAAACCUGGAGAUCUUUAAAUACCUAUUGGAUUACUUCAGUGUUAAUCCACCGAGACAGUCUUUAUUCAGAGAAAUAAAGGUUGAACAGUUUAAAUUCUAUAAAAUCAAUCUCGAUGCCAUGUUGAUUAACUCUGCACUGGGUGGAAGAACCGAUAUAAUUACGUAUCUACUCAACACCUUCAAAUCAUACCGCUUCGACUACUAUCGUGCGUUGAGUGCAUCUGCCUAUUCCGGUAAUUUCGAAUUGCUCAAAUUCUUUGUAGGAAAGUGUAAAGAAAAUAAAAUCGAAGCGUCUAACUAUGAUGUUCGCGAGAAUGUGUUCAACCAGUGUGCAUAUCUCGGUCGUUUGGACAUGAUUGGCUACUUGGUUACGAACUACCCACACAAUAUGGUGAAGAGCGACAUGAUUAGCUAUGCUAUAGAAUCUGGUCAAAUCGAUGUAGUUAUAUAUCUGUUGCAAAACAAAAAGAUUUUCAAGUUGACCUACCAGACGGAAUCAUUGCUGGAUCAGGCUGCCUAUUACAAUCGCUUUGAAAUUGCGCAGUUUCUGCUUAGAUAUGGACAUGGCAAGUGUACAGCUGCAAUGGAUAAUGCUGCCUACAAUGGUAACCUCGAAUUUCUAAAGUGGAUCCACAGCAAUACCAGAGGUAGCAGGUGCUCCGCACAAGCAUUUUACCACGCUGUCACAAAUUCCAACUAUGAAAUGGUGCGAUGGCUGCAUGAGAAUACCACGGAACGAUGCUCUAAAGAUACUUCGGAUUAUGCAGCUGGUCAAGGUGACAUUAGAAUCGUAAAGUACAUCCACGAGAAAAAAAUCGGUGAAUUUUCAAACCUUGCAAUGGAGAAUGCCGCUCGGUUUGGUCAUUUAGACAUCUUGCAAUUCCUACAUGACAAUAAAUACUCUUGUAGUAAAAAAGCAAUGGAUAAUGCUAUCAUUACAAAUCGAUUGGAGAUUGUACAAUUCUUGCACGAGCAUAGAAUAGAAGGUUGCAGUGAAAGUAUGCUAUCACAUGUAUUUUCAUAUGACCUUAUUACCAAGAAACCAAAAACCGAAGAUAUUCUAUUGCAAUGGCUACUUUGUAACCGUCCAGAGUUCAUAUUAUCCGAAUCAAACAUCGAUACCUACCUCUCGAAAUUGUUUACCAUUGAUGACUUCAAAAGAGUAGAACUACUAUUAAAUUGUAUUCGACCCGAUAUAAUUUCAAAAGAAAAACUGGUACAACUACAAAAAAAGUAUAAUUUAAUCUACCCAAAUUCAAAUCAAUCAAAUUUAAUAUUAUAUCAAUAUUUAAAAAAUAAUACAUCAUCUCAAUAUUUUUGUAAUAUAAUGUAA